AAACAGCUGUAAGCUGCAUCUUGCUGCAUAGCAGGAUUGCGUCUGGUUUGUGUUUUUUUAAGACUCAAAAACUAAGUGUUCCGAGCAGGUAAUAGGUAUCAAUUUACGGUGAAACUACAAGUAGCAAUGCCAUGUGUGGUCCCCACCUGUGGAACGUCCGAGGGAAGCUUCAUGCUGUUCCCGAGGGAUGGAACCCUUUCGGAGCGCUGGUUCGAGGCGAUUCAGAUCGGUUGCGGCAUCCUGAUGGAGCUGGACGAGGACCGAGAUCUGAGCCAGACGGAGAUAUGCCUGUGGCACUUUGGCACGGAUGAAGCGUCACUGGACGACGAGGAGGAUGAUCAUCGGUACCGGGAGCCGAAGCUGUUCGCCAAUGGCACUGGAGAAAAGGUGGAAAUCACCAGUUGCCGCCUAUGUCUGCAUUUCUUCCCGCGUUCCUACGUACUUUCGGCCGAUGGGAAUCUCGCCGGAAGUGAUCUCAAGUCGACCAUCUACGAGACGUUGACCAUCGCCAUCGGGGAAGGCGAUUUCCUGCAGCACGUUUGCAUCGAAUGCCUAGCCCGACUGGAGCUACUGGUCUCAAUUCAGCGGGAAUUUUCCCAGUCGGAAGUGGAAUUUCAAGAGUUGCUUAAAUCCGCACGGGAAUGCUCGUUCGAUGUGCACAGUAUGGUCAAGCUGGAGCAUCCCUCGGUGGAUGCUCUCAUAGAGGAAGAACGAGCCGAAUCGACACCGGAGCCGGAGUACGACGUUGUGGAGGAAAUCAUCGACGAUGGGCAGACGGCCGAGAAAGCUACCGUUCGGGUUACUAUUACGGAACGGAAGAAAACGGGGCCGGCUGUGGUCAAGGUUCGAAAGAAACGGAAACAAGUGAACCUUAAUCUGGUUACCAUAAUGAAAAAGAAAUGUUACAUUUGUUCAGUGAUCUUUAAAGAUGCCAACGAACUGUCGUUACAUUUGACGGAGAUGCAUUCCGGUAAGGAUGGCUAUCACUGCGAGGAAUGUUCGUUGGAUUUCCCCCUGCUACCGGCUUACAACAGGCAUCUUUCUCGCCAUGAUAAAUCCGAAAGACCUCACAAGUGCAAUUUCUGCCCUAUUCGCUUCAAAUCCACCAUUCAAUUGAAAGCUCAUGAAAACAGGCUUCACGACACUAAUCACGACGUGAAUUACCUGCCGGAACAGCCCACGCGAAUCGAAUGUGAAACCUGUGGGAAAGUAUUCAGUUACAAGCACAAACUGAAGAUGCACAUCCGGAUGGUUCACAUGGGCGGCAAACAACCCUCGUGCAACAUUUGUCACAAAACUUUCACGGCCACCUCUAGCUUAGAAAGGCACAUGCUUCUGCACACGAACGAAAAGCCACACGUCUGCCCAAACUGCGGAAUUUCCUUCCGACGUGCGCUCCUACUUCGACACCACAUGCAGAUGGAGCACGAAGGCCGAAAUCCUCACGUUUGCUCAGAAUGUCAGGAACAGUUCAAAAACUACCACCAACUCUACAUUCACAAGCAGGUUGUUCACCUGAAAAAGCCCUUCGGCGGAGGAACCAAACAGCGGAAGUACCACCUCGAUUGCAAACUCUGCAAGUCAUCUCACGCCAAAACGUCCGACCUGGAACGACACAUCAAAUCGGAUCACCCCGGCGAGACCUAUCCGUACCCGCAGUGCACGGAUUGUCCGCGAACUUUCCUCUCCAAGACCCACCUGGACCACCACAAGGCCAUCCACACCGAUAAGUACGCCUGCCAGGAGUGCGGCAAGCGGAACACCUCCAUCCAGACGCUUCAGACCCACAUGGAGAACGCCCACUCCGACGUCCGGCGGUACGACUGCCCGGUCUGCAUCAACAAGUCGUACAAAACGGCCGUCUCGCUGCGGCAGCACAUGGCUACGCACUCCCACGGUAAGAAGCACGUGUGCGAGUACUGCCAGAAGGGCUUCGUGCGGAAGGAUCACAUGCUGAUCCAUCGGAGAAUCCACACCGGCGAGAAACCCUUCCAGUGUACGAACUGUCUGAAGCGGUUCAACGACGAUGCGAGUUUCUGCAGGCACAGAAAACGCUGUCUGGAACCGAUGGCCAAGGCGGACGAGGACAAUGUGGAUGAUUUGCUGAAUUUUGAUUUUUGAUUUUAGGGUAGUGGCACACCGAAAAAAGUUUAAAACAUUA